UACAACUGCUCGCUCACUUCGACCGGGCGAUUCAACUCCGGCUGCACUAGCUCUGUGUUCUAUGACACGAGACAGCACACGAUUUCGGCCAGAGACAAACGCCGGAAACACAUACAUAGUACGAUGGGCAGAAGAAAACAGGAUUAUCCGAAACGCAUGAAAUAUGGCAGCGACGACGAGGAAGGCAACGCCGGUGAUCUCCCUGAAGGUCAGGAUGACACCAGCGAUGACUCGUCGGACGAUGGCGCCAGCUCUCCUCCAGCUACAAACUCAGACAGCGAUCGCCUGCUGACUGCCGGCCACGCGACGUCGACGAUAGCCGACCACGAUGCGAACGCACGCGAAGCGCUUCCCGUCGAUACGCCGUCGCCGAGAACGUCGCUCGAAGAUUUGCCGGCCUUUCACCGACUCAAGGAGCUCGAGCGCAAAUCAUACUCAAUACUUCAGGAGUUGUCUGACGUGGCGGCGCAGCCAUGCCAACACCCGAUACUUGAGACUCGCUCUUCGAAGAGCUCGGUGCGGCUGCCCGUGUCGUCAUCAGUCCCGGUCAGUAGUACCCCAACAACGCCGAACAGCAGAGCGGUGCCGACCCCAAAGAUGCGCUACAUGAGUCAGUAUAGACGAGAGCUGGCGAAUAGACACAAGGACUGCUCUUCGUCUGCGGGAAAUGCUGCUGCUGCCGCGGAGCGAGAUUGCUCUGUCGUCGAAAAAUCUCAAAAAUUUCACACCAGGUCAAAUCAGUUUGGGACUUCUUUAGUGCAUCCCGCGAAGAGGUUGCAAGGUGACAACCGGCGACGGGCUGUCAGAGAGGUGGGCUCUCCCUGCCAAAGCCAAGGUGUUACUAUCUGUGAGGAUCCCAUCUCUCGGCCCUCUGUUCAGGAACCACCGCUGACUGUACGUAAUUCGAAAAUGGAAGGAACGUCGCACUCGAGCGACAUUACUGGCUUCACGUGCUCCUGUGGUGAAUCGUUCAGUAGCUUGCGUUGCUACACUGUGCAUAUGGGAAAGACGGGUCACGCUACAAAUCACAGCACGCAGUUGUACCCGCACAAGCUUGUGCGCGGGCAGGACAUGUGGCUGGUGAACGGGUCCGAGCAGACCCAACAGAUACUGAAAUGUAUCCGGUGUGGGGAAUCGUUCAAGUCAUUACCUGAUCUCACCAUUCACAUGAUGCGCACGCAGCACUAUACGAACAUUGUAAGUCCCGGCCAAAUGGACGAGCCCGUGAUCAACGAAAAAUUCAUAAAGGACACAUUCAAAUGUAAAGUCUGCUCGGAAUCGUUCGCUAAUCUGGCAGAGUUGACGGAGCAUAUCACCUGCCACAAGCACUACAAGGGACACAUCCUGAAGUCGAUCUCCGAGAGGGCACAUAAGCUAAGGUACAGCACGCUAGUGUCAGUGGCUGAUGACUCGAUAGUUAACGAUAGUGCGCCGAGUCAGGGCAACGUUCCUUUCAAUCAGACAGCGCGAAUCCGCUGCGAGUAUUGCGGCGUGCCCGUCAACACGGACGAUUUCUCAGCGCACGUCCGGCAAUGCGUCACCGCGAAACGAUACGGCAGCAGAAAGGGGGACGGCGGAAGGAAGCCAGAGGUGUUGCCUGCGCGGAAACCCGUGCUAACACAGCACAGCAGAAAAGUAACGCCUCCCCCCGUGACCCCUCCGAAAGCGUUGGCGUCUGCGAUCUCGCCCUGUUUGCCCGCACACAGCAGGUGGAGAAAGGAGCUUCCCGAGGCGAAUCUAGCAGCGAAUCAUAACUGCGAGGAGAUGCCCGAGCCUCUCGACCUCAGCAGAAAAUCUCAGAAGCAGGCGGACAGAAAAGGCACGCCUGCAAGUGCGAGCCGUGACGCCGGAGAUUACUCUGUCCUAAGUGCGAUUCAGUCCUUAAUUGAUCGUCGAUUUAAGAAUGCCAAGAACAAUCAAUCAUACGGUCUCUCCAGAGCCGGCGAGAUGCAUCCCCUGCAUACGGAUGCAGUGGCCAUGACUGGUGCAAAUCCUGCUGGAUUGCCUGACUGUGUAAGCCAGCCCCUGCCCUCUCAUCAACAUGCUCGAGCAAUCCCGAACUCGGGCAGACACCGGUUUCACCAUUAUCCUGGUAAUCACUCUCCCCCGAACGCAAUUCAUUCUGGCAUCAGCGCAGUUAAAGGGUUGCGGCGAAGUGCCGAGAAAAGCUCACACGCCGAGAAUAAAGACGAGAGGCAGACAGAUAAGGGAGAGCUGAUUAAGAACGCUGGCAGUAUCAGUUUGUCAAGCAACAUGCUUCGCGGUGAUGAAAAACAAAGAGCAUUAGAAUUCCAGUCAGAAGGUGAUUGUCAUGGCGAUGAUGGAAAUCAGCCUAAAGAUGAUAUCGCGAGCCAGAGGAAAAUGAUUGAUAGAGUAAACACCGAACGGCUCAUAAAUGUUAAGAUAGAGAGUAACCACGUGAGCACGUGUUUCGAGCUCGACGCCACUGACAGUAAAAACUCGACAGAGCUGCUGAAAAGUAUGAGAAACGGCCGCAGCUUCGCGUACACUGGUAGCAGUGACGGUCACCGCACGCGAGCAGAGAGAACCCCGAGCUCACGGGCGACCUGUCACGACGCGAGUUUACAGCCGAACCGUCUAUCGCACGAGCACUACCGCGCUGAAAAGCUCGGACGAAGUUCGCCUAGGUCGGUCAUUGCGGUGAGUAGCAGCAGCAGCUCGGCUAUCGCAUCGGCGCGAUGCGACGCGCAGAUCAGCAGCGUUCACAGCGUGACACAGCACCUAAAAUCGACUGUCCGGGAGAAACUUGACAGUGAAAACGACGAGGGGAUUACGAUGGCAGCGCUGCCCAAGGGCGUUAUGCAGAAAAGCGGGCAAGAACAAAGCGUGACAGGAGCUGAGCUAAGGCAGAGUGACAGCAGACGAGAUGAGGUAAAUUCGCCUGACAGGGAAGCAAACGAGCCGGCUCCAACGGCCGCUCAGCGAAGCAUCUCCUCUGAUGAAUCAUCCGUCACCCUGACAUCGUCUCGCAAUAACUCACCACCAGAAACUGACAGGAAAAAACGCAUUGACGAACAGAGUGCUCGCGAACAAAGGCAUGAUUACGACUUCGGACCGAACUCGUCGAAUGGAAAUACUGCUCGGAUAAGAGAUCGAUCUGUAAAUGACUCCUUGGCGGUCGACAGCGAGCAUAGCGAGCAGCGACUGAAUCCAAAGUGUGAGAGGUGGUACCGUCAUAGAGAAGGCCACGCGAGUGACGACCAUGGCAAUUCCUGUACAGACAAAGCACGCCCAGCAGGUGGCCCUGGCUACAUCCAUCAUUCGACGACUACGCUAGCACACCCAUCGACAGAUAUUAAUGGAAAAAGUAGCAGCAGUCGUGUGAAAGAAGACGAAAUUGACGAGUCCCGUGAUGAAAAUCUGACGCCUAAAAAACAUAGCAAAGACGGCGUUUCUUCCGGCAAAAACGGCAAAAAUAUGGCGGACAGUUUCAGAGAGGCACUGGAUGAAAGCCCCUUGAAUGUUCUGAAGCGAAAGUUCGCGCCCGACAACAACAAUUAUCACGAGAACAGCCAGAGGAAGUAUACGAGACUCAGUGCAGAGAUACUCGUCAACACGUCCCCUGUGAAGGAGAACCCGCUUGAGAGCUUGCAGAAGCUACUGGAGAAGAAAAUUCAUUGAUUAUACAUUAUUUUAAAUUACAUUCAUUCGUUCGUUUGAAAUUGCAGGUGUACGGUUAUUUAUGUACAGUGUUACUAUUAAAAAUCGUUAAUUAAGAUGCGGUAUAAGUGUGUGCUGAACACUCGCGUUGGAGAAACAGUAAUGGAUGAACAGCAACUGCAUUUGCCCUUUUUGUGUGCUCUUAACCAUACGCAAUCGCCAAUAGCCGGCCGCCAAUAUUUAAAGAGAUGAACAACGACAAGUUUAGAAUGGAUAUCGCCGUUCGAAUGAAACAAGAACCACUCUAUUUUCGAUCAUAGUGCGGUACAGAUGAGCACCGGUGAAUGUCAUGCAAUGAUGCUACAGCGCAGUAAUGAUACUGGCCAAAAAUAGCGGUAUUCUUGUCUGUUUAUACAGUUUUGAUAUCACUGACAUUGUCCUAGAAUUACAUAUGUUAGUAGUCUCAUUUGUCGUGUAUAUCUGUGAAAUGGUGUUAAUCACCCUGCUUACAGCGGCCAUUUAAAUUAAAUGUUCAUAUAUUCAAUAUAAAUCUCAUGUUUUAUUUAAAUAUUUCGUGGAUACCUUACACACGUUUCUUGUGUGGCAUCAGCGAUCAGAUACUUUGAGUAGCAAUAGUAAUAAUUUCAGUCACAUUCCCUGUCUUAUCACGUGCGACCAUAUCGUCUUUUAUAAUCGACUGUAAAGUUUGCAUGCUUUCAACAUAAUUGUGAAUAAAAACCAUGUACAGUACGCUGAAUACUAA